GAGAGAGAGAGAGAGAGAGAGAGAGAGAGAGACUGCAAUCUCAUUUGUGAAUCGCUCUCACAGUGCUGCAGAUCCAGAUUGCUAUAACACAUGCAGUGCAAAUGCAGGUAAGGCACACACACAAACUGCGGAUGCAAAAACAAACUUGGGACUGUUUUUUGUGUGUGUAUGUGCAUUGCUCCAGCUUUGGAAAUUCUGGGCAAACGGCUUCUGCAGUUUUUGUAUCGUUGCUUUGUGACUAAUGACCUUGCGCAGAGUUAUUAAAAAAAUCCUCUACGGAGAAAGAACUGAACAUUUUAGGCAAUCUGUGAAGAUGGAUUUGGGUGCUUUUCUGCUAACCGAAGCGGAUUUUCUGUGGACUGCUCUGUGAUAUAAAGGGUUCUCGCCUACCCACUGUACAGCUACCGAUAUUAUUGGGGAUUUUUUUGGUAUUUUUCUUUAUUUUUUAAUUUUAUUUUUAAUCAGUUAUUUAAUUGUAUUUUUUGCCCAUUGCUAAGAGGAUUGGGAGUUUUCCGGACACAACCCCUUUGAAUGAGGCGAUUCACAUUUUUUUUUCCGUGUGCGUGCAGAGUGGGGAAAGAAAAGAGCUAAUGCCCUAGUAGUAAACGGCUGAGAGAGAGAGGGAGAAGAGUGUGAAUUGUACUUAACUCUAGGAGCAAAGAAGACGACCUGGGGAGAGAGGGGGGGCUUCGAAUAGCACCGUGCUGCUCCUGCUUUUAUUACAAACCUUGCAAAGUGAUUACAGUAAAACCAGAGGAGGAGGAGGAGAAAAAUCCCGUCCUAUCUGUUGAGAUGAAUCUUUAAAAAGCAAAAUACACUGUCCCAUGAACGGUAAGCAUAUUGCAACUGGAAGGAAGGGAGGAGAGGAGCCAACACCAGGGUUUUGAUCACUGAUUGCACAAGUUAUGAGACAAUAAGUUUCCCGGAAGAGAAGGAUUUUAUAAUUGAUCAUCCACACGCUGAGCAUUUCUGUUGGCUUGUCAGGGGAGUUGGUGGGAGAGAGGAGGGGGAUUUUGGUGCGAAGAAGAUGAGGAAGAUGCGGACUCUCUUUGGCUUUGUGCAUUGCUGCUGCUGCUGCUUCUUGCUCCUGCUGCCUCCUCCACUCUGGGUCAGCCUGGCCGCGGCCAAGCAGUUGCUGAGGUACCGGCUGGCCGAGGAAGGACCUGCCGACAUCCGCAUAGGCAACGUGGCUUCAGACCUGGGCAUCGUAACGGGCUCCGGAGAGGUGACAUUCAGCCUGGAGUCGGGCUCCGACUACCUGAAGAUCGAUAACAUGACCGGGGAGCUGAGCACCACUGAGCGGCGCAUAGACCGCGAGAAGCUGCCGCAGUGCCAGAUGAUCUUCGAUGAGAACGAGUGCUUCCUGGACUUCGAGGUCUCGGUAAUCGGCCCUUCGCAGAGCUGGGUGGACCUCUUCGAGGGCCGGGUCAUCAUCCUGGACAUCAACGACAACACCCCCACUUUUCCCUCGCCUGUCCUCACCCUUACCGUGGAGGAGAACCGGCCCGUAGGGACCCUCUAUCUGCUCCCCACUGCCACCGACAGAGACUUCGGUCGCAACGGCAUCGAGCGCUACGAGCUGCUGCAGGAGCCCGGCGGCGACGGGGGCAGACGCGGAGGAGGGGGGUCGGCUUCUGCAGCUGAGAGCGCCCUCUACCCCGGCGGCAGUAAGAGGAGGCAGGAGCCGGACGGGGCAGCCCGCAGCAGCGUGUUCGAGCUACAGGUGGCCGACACCCCUGAUGGGGAGAAGCAGCCGCAGCUGAUUGUCAAAGGGGCGCUGGACCGAGAGCAGAGGGACUCCUAUGAACUGAGCCUGAGGGUGCGGGACGGCGGCGACCCGGCCCGCUCCUCCCAGGCCAUCCUGAGGGUGCUGAUCACCGACGUGAACGACAACAGCCCCCGCUUUGAGAAGAGCGUCUACGAGGCGGACCUGGCGGAGAACAGCAGCCCCGGGACCCCCAUCCUGCAGCUGCGGGCCGCCGACCUGGACGUGGGGGUGAAUGGGCAGAUCGAGUACGUCUUCGGGGCGGCCACCGAGUCGGUGCGGCGCCUGCUGCGGCUGGACGAGACCUCGGGCUGGCUCAGCGUCUUGCACCGCAUCGACAGGGAGGAGGUGAACCAGCUCCGCUUCACCGUCAUGGCCCGGGAUCGGGGCCAGCCGCCCAAGACCGACAAGGCCACGGUGGUGCUGAACAUCCGCGACGAGAACGACAACGUGCCCACCAUCGACAUCCGCAAGAUUGGCCGCAUCCCGCUGCGGGACGGGGUGGCCAGCGUGGCCGAGGACGUGCUGGUGGACACCCCCAUCGCCCUGGUGCAGGUGUCCGACCGCGACCAAGGCGAGAACGGCGUGGUGACCUGCACGGUGGUAGGGGACGUGCCCUUCCAGCUCAAGCCGGCCAGCGAGGGCGAGGGGGAGCCUCAGAACAAGCGCAAGUACUUCCUGCACACCUCGGCCCCGCUCGACUACGAAGCCGUCCGUGACUACAACGUGGUGAUCGUGGCCGUGGACUCGGGCAGCCCCAGCCUGUCCAGCAACAACUCGCUGCUGGUGCGGGUGGCGGACACCAACGACAACCCGCCGGUGUUCGGCCAGGCCGUGCUGGAGGUCUCCUUCCCGGAGAACAACUCGCCUGGGGAGAGGGUGGCCACGGUGGCGGCCACGGACGCGGACAGCGGCAAGAACGCCGAAAUCUUCUACUCGCUGGAGCCCUCUCCCCUCUCCUCGGAGGCGCCCGGCGGCAUCUUCAGCAUCGACCCGGACUCCGGGGACGUGCUGGUGCAGGCGGUGCUGGACCGCGAGCAGCGCGACACAUACGAGUUCCAGGUGACGGCCCGGGACAAGGGGGUGCCGGCCCUGCAGGGCUCCACCACAGUAGUGGUGCGGGUGGCCGACCGCAACGACAACGAGCCGCGCUUCAUGCAGGACGUGUUCACCUUCUACGUGAAGGAGAACCUGCAGCCCAACAGCCCCGUGGGCAUGGUGACCGUGAUGGACGCCGACCGGGGCCGCAACGCCGAGCUCAGCCUCUCCAUCCAGUCCGGACAGCAGGACCAGGCCGCCGGCAUCUUCUCCAUCGAGAACGACACCGGCACCAUCUACUCUACUGUCUCCUUCGACCGAGAGCAGCAGACCAGCUACACCUUCAAGGUCAAGGCGGUGGACGGAGGGGAGCCGCCCCGUUCGGCCACCGCCACCGUCUCCCUCUUUGUGAUGGACGAGAACGACAACCCGCCCGCCGUCACUUUCCCCAGUAACAGCUCCUACACCGUGCUGCCCCCCUCCAGCAACCUGCGCACUGUGGUGGCCACUGUGCUGGCCACCGACGCAGACACGGGCCUCAACGCCGACCUCAACUUCAGCAUCGUCGGUGGCAACCCCUUCAAGCUCUUCGAGAUCGACCCGGCCAGCGGCGUGGUGUCGCUGGUGGGCAAGCUGGCCCCAAAGCACUAUGGCCUGCACCGCCUGGUGGUGCAGGUGAACGACAGCGGCCAGCCGCCCCAGUCCACCACCGCCUUGCUCCACGUCUUCGUCAACGAGAGCCUCUCCAACGCCACCGUGGUGGAGAGCCAGGUGGCCCGCAGCCUGCACACGCCCCUGGCCCAGGACAUCGCCGGCGACCCCAGCUACGAGCUGAGCAAGCAGCGGCUCAGCAUCGUCAUCGGGGUGGUGGCCGGCAUCAUGACGGUGAUCCUGCUCAUCCUGGUGGUGGUCAUGGCCCGGUACUGCCGCUCCAAGAGUAAGCACGGCUACGAGGCGGGCAAGAAAGACCACGAGGACUUCUUCACCCCGCAGCAGCACGACAAGGCCAAGAAGCCCAAGAAGGACAAGAAAGGCAAGAAGGGCAAGCAGCCCCUCUACAGCAGCAUCGUCACCGUGGAGGCCUCCAAGCCCAACGGGCAGCGCUACGACAGCGUCAACGAGAAGCUCUCCGACAGCCCCAGCAUGGGCCGAUACCGCUCGGUCAACGGCGGCCCGGGCAGCCCGGACCUGGCCAGGCAUUACAAAUCCAGCUCGCCGCUGCCCACUGUCCAGCUUCACCCGCAGUCCCCCACCGCCGGGAAAAAGCACCAGGCCGUGCAGGAACUGCCCCCGGCCAAUACUUUUGUGGGGGCAGGAGACAACAUCUCCAUUGGAUCGGAUCACUGCUCCGAGUACAGCUGUCAGGCCAGCAGCAAGUACAGCAAGCAGGUGGAUACAAUGCAGACUACGCAGCCCCCUGGCCACAUUGAGGAAUCGUGUAAAAUGAAUCCAUUUCGUAGAGUGACGUUUUCUGUUGUGAGUCAGCCUCAGGACCCACAUCAAGGGUCAUUGCAGAGUUGCUAUGACAGCGGUCUGGAGGAGUCAGAAACACCAAGCAGUAAGAGUUCAUCAGGGCCAAGACUGGGUGCCCUUCCACUCCCAGAGGACAACUACGAAAGGACUACGCCGGAUGGCAGUGUUGGUGAGGCAGAGCAUAUGGAAAAUGAUCUGGGAAAGCCACAUGAAUGGAAGAGGAGUAGUUCCUUAGUGAGGUUUGGGAAUGGGGCUGUCAUGAAUCUGCCCAUGGUAGUGACUCUUUCUGGCUAUAUGGGAAGUGUAAGUACAUGAGUCCAAUUACCCCCUCACACUACCAGCUGUUCAUUGGUGUCUUUUUAGCAGGCCACCAUUCAGCCCAAGGCCUUUCAACUGUCUCAACCUUCUCAGGGUCCCAGAUGAAACCACAAAAUAGCCAGCAAUCAGCAAAUGGGGUUACACAAAAGAAAGGUAAAGAAAAACUUGUGGGCUGCUCCCACCAGGGUAUGGGUGUCUCUUACAUCAGAGGAGCCCUGAGAGUAUCCCUGUCCCCUUCAGUGCCCCUACUCCCCAGGAUUCCGGUGCAGGUCUGAGUCCUUUUUUCCCAUUCAGCUCUGGGGUUCAUGCGCCCUCCACCUGGAAGGGCAGGAGUUCUACAGGCUGUCAGUCUUCUCUUGAGCGCUGGAUAAGCUCAACAGUCUGUUCCCUUCCCAGGAUUUCCCUCAUGUGAGUGGAGUUCCUCCUUUUACCUCCUCCUCUAGUCCCGGCAUGAGUUGCAGAUGCAGUGGGGUGGAGUGUGGGGUUAGUGAACCCCAUGACAGGCUGGGUGGGCCACAGCAGGGUCGUGCUGGGAUCCGGAUCAGAGGAUCUGCCUCUACAUGAAUCUCCCAUUCUUUCCCUCUCCUUUCCCCUGAUAUGGGGGAGAGCCUGCUUGGCAGGAGAGUCAACUUCUGUUGUUGAGCUGAAGUAACUUCAACAGAACUGCUUUGCUUCUGCUGUGCAGCAAAUGAUAGAGAAUACCUCCCCAUUUUCCCCUUCUGGAGAUCCCAAUGUCCCGCCAACAUGGCACCAAAACACUGUUAUGUACUUGGCUCACCUUCUGCCCCAUAGUCUUAGUGCAGGAACAAGUAGUGUUACCCAGGGUUCUUUCAACCCAAAGCUCUUGGUAACUUUUACUCUGUGUGAGGUGGUGUCAGGAAAUAAAUCAGGGAAGACACGGCCAUCCGACCGAUAGAUGGCUGGC